AAAGCUAUACCACUGAGAUUAUACAUAGAAAGAAAUGUAAAGUAGUUAAAUAAGUUUUCUAUUUUCUACCUUUUUUUUGCAUACUGAAAUUGAAUUCGAGCAAAUGUAAUCAAAAGCAGCUACAUUUGAUUUUGUAUAAAACGUAAAUUGUUUAACUUCAUUCAAGUGUUGAAUAGAAUUUGCUUUGCCUUGGACCCGGGCAAUGUCGUCUUCCAAUUCCAAAAAUUAACCUGACAUUGAACCAGCGAGUCGAGUAACGUGCUUCACCAUCACACUUUCGCUGACCAAGCAUCGAUCUCGUGUCAACAUUCUCGCAUUCUAACUGACUUCUUCAGUCAGUUCACAAUGCAUUGCAGUCGCAUUAUCAUCAUCACAAUUUUCUUCUUCGUCUACUUCGGUAGUUGCAACCCGUUGCCCGCUCGCCCCAUGUUGCAGCGUCGUCAGGUGGUGCAGCCCACUUGGCUGUUGCAUCCCUCCCAGUUGGCCACGGGUCAGGCGGCCCUAGUGCGAGUGACGCCACAGAAUCUCAAGGAGGCGGCAGCGAUUCGCAGCUCCAUUCAGAAGGCGGUCAAAGACGGCAGCUACGUGGUGGCCGCAGAUCCCAAGCAGUACCAAAUUGCGCUUUCGCAGCUGGGCUACAACACUGGCAUGCUUGGAGCAAGUCCAGCGAUGCCAAUGUUUCCACCGAUUCCAGCGUUUCCAGCGAUGCCCAUGAUGCCGGCGUUCACGAUGCCAAAUGCCAGUUGGUGGCAGCAACCGCGUUUAUUUUCCACCUAA